UCCUAAACCCUAGUCACUCUCCUCCUCCCUCGCUAUCUGCCGACGGCUCAUGCGGGACAACCCCAAACGUCUCAACACAUCGACUCCGAUCCUCUUCAUUCCUCGCCAAAUCAUGCUCGAGUGCCGCACCGGUGUCGUGGCCCAGGAGGAGGGCAAGGAGAGGAGGAAGAAUACGGAGGCAAAGAAGGAGAAGAAGAAGAAGAAGCGGUCCUUGGAAACCCUAGAAGAGGGCCUUAGUGGAUCGAAAACUUUAGACCUGGAUCGGGCGAGCAAAGGUGGGGGCGCGCCCCUCAAGGGGAAGGGGUGGGAAAUCCUUCUUCGAUCGAUCGCCGCCUUCCUUGAGAGCAAUGGGUUCUCCAAGACCCUCUCAACAUUCCGGUCGGAAGCCCAGCUUGAGUUUUUGGUGCAGAUGGAUGGAUGGAAAUCAUCUGUUUUGAACUUAGAGGACCUGUUCAGCAAGUGCCUGGAGCCAAGUAAAGGCCAUGCAGAAGCUAUCAUUGAUUGGCUGAAGGAGCAAGAUUCAGAAAAUGUUGGCAUUUCUGCAGAAGCACAAAGCAAGAAUAUUUAUAAUGAUGUCUCUGAACACAUACACAAGAAAAAGAAUAAGAAAAGUGAUGACAUUGAUAACAGAACAAAUACUGAGGUAUCAAAAUCUGGACUGCCAAAUGGCUCCGAUGGAGUUCUUAGUACUGUGGAAAAGAUAACAAACAAACAAGUGGAUGAGUUGCAGGUGAAAUCUAAGAAGAAAACAAAAAGGUCAGCUUCUGAAGAUUGCUCUAUUGAAAAUAUUGAAGUUUCUCAAGAGAAGACCCUGAAAGAGUCGAUGAGUGUGGAUAAUAAAAUGGACUUAGAAAAGUUGAAAUCAAUUGAGGGCUCACAUGUUGAAACUAAAGAUAAGAAAAGGAAAAAGAAAUUGGCGUCUGACUCUCUUGGUGAACAUGCUGAAAAGAGUCAGUUGGAAGUUGGUCAUGGGACAGUUGAGAAUAAUGUUCAUGAAAAUCAGUUGCUCAAACCCCAGGAAAAUGAAAAAGAAAAGAGGAAGAAGAAGCACAAGGUGGUCUCUGAUUCUUGUAAUGAGAAAUCUGAGCCUAGUGACUAUGGGAAACUUCAAGAGGUGGUUAGAGAUAAAAUAGAGGAAUUGAAGUGUUUGGCCAAGAAUUCCUCUGAGUCAACUGCCAAACACAAAGAUGAAAAGGAAAAGAAAGCCAAAGAAAUUUCUGAUUCUCUUGCUGAGAACAUUGAGCAAUCAGAACCGGAAGCAUCUCAGAAUGUGAUUAAAAAGAAAUCUAAGGACUCAAAAUCUACAGUCUAUGAUAAUAACACUGUUUCUGAACUACUGUAUUCUGUGACCAAGCAUCCCUCUGUCAAGGAAUCAUUGGAUGAUAAAGAUUCUGAAUAUAAGGAGAAGAAGAAAAGGAAAAGCAAAUCAACUUCUGAAAGUUCUAUCAGCUCUGAUCAGGUGGAUGGAGGAACAUCUCGUGAAGAUUUAAGAAAAUCAGAUGUCAAGAAGGAAAAUGUCCCUGUAUCUGAAGAUAAUGUCAACAAAAAUGAAAAGAAAAAUUCUAAGAAAAGGAAAAGAUUAACCUCUGAAGAAAAGGAGGCACUGGCAGACAACGAUAUUGCAGGCAAGGCAUCCAAAAUCAAACCUGCAGUUACUGAAGAUAACAAGGAAACAGGGAACCUCAAAAAAUCUAACAAGUCUUUGACAGAGUAUGAGCACCCUGUUCCUGCUAAAAAGAGGAAAACAGAAGAAAAUAAUGAGAACACCAAACCUCCUUGCAAACAAUUUGAUGGUAAUCUUAGCACAUGUGAUUCCCAGAAGGAAGUAGUAGGACACCAAAUGGCAAAUGGGAACAGUGAAAAGAAGGAAAUGGAAGGAGGCAACUCAUCAAAAGCAAUAAAGAAAGAAAAGGAUUCAGCAGAGCCACAGACAGUCAAUGCCUUUCGAAGGAUCAAGGUGGAUGAUGUUCAAUUUGCCGACAAGAGACUUCAAGAUAAUUCUUACUGGGCCAAGGAUGGUGCAGACAAUGGAUAUGGUGCAAAGGCACAAGAAAUUCUCGGUCAAGUCAGAGGAAGGGACUUCAGACAUGAAAAGACCAAGAAGAAGCGUGGAACUUAUAAGGGAGGACAGAUCGAUCUGCAGUCACAUUCUAUAAAAUUCAAUUAUUCAGAUGAAGAAUGAAGUGAUGCCUCCCAAACUUCCGAUUGCAUUUGUCAUUUGUCAACCUGUGCUUGAUUCGAUAUGCUGAGUCAAUGAACAUUCUUGCAUGCCAUUGCGAAAAUGAGUCCUUAUAAUUUUGAUAUUGUAGUAAUUGCUGUAAAAUAUUUAAUAUUUUGAUUAUCAAUAUUUCCCAAAAUUUUGACCUUAAAUGUUAAAAGUCUUGCCACUUCUUGUAUGUGGCGAUCCAUGUUUCAAGAAUUGUCAUGCAAAACAUCUGCAAUUGAUUAAUUGGUUGCUGAAUUUUCUUUUGAUCC